ACCGCAAUCACUUUGCUCAACUUCACCCUAUCCAUCUUCUAGCUCAACUCCACGACGUACGAACUGUUAACUACAAGAUCAUGGCCCGCUCUCAGGUAAUGCUCAUGGCGGCCGUCGCCGUCGUUGUGAUGCUCGCUACGGCCCCGCGCGCUGCCGUGGCCAUCAACUGCGGCCAGGUGGACUCCGCGGUGGGGCCGUGCCUGCCCUUCGCCCGCGGCGGCCCAGGCCCGUCCCCGCAGUGCUGCAACGGCGUCAGGACCCUCCACAACCAGGCGCGCAGCACCUUCGACCGGCAAACCGCCUGCAACUGCCUCAAGGGCAUCGCUGCCCGCGUCCGCGAUCUGAACCUCGCCAACGCCGCCGCCAUCCCCUCCAGGUGCGGCGUGAGCAUCCCCUACACCAUCAAUCCCUCCAUCGACUGCAACAGGGUGAGGUAAGCGACGAUCAGACCAAGCUGGCGCUCCGCGCAUCGAUCCACGUUGAUCUGAAGCGCGCAGCGGAAGUCUGUCUCUGCAUGUUAAAUACGAGUUUAUACCGAAUAAGAGCUCCGUCAUGCUGGCUUCUGUGUGUGUUUACUGCUUCAGAAGAAAGUAUGUGCGUGAGAGCUGAGCUGAGAUUGUACCAUGUGCACACCCUGUGUUGAUGGACUACAAACUAUAUAUUUACCACUCUUUUUGUUGA